AUGGAGGUGAUGCAGGGGCACACCAUGUUGGUGGAGGUGAUGCAGAGGCACACUAUUUUGUCAGAACCGCAAGGUCCUGGAAAGGACACUAUAUUUGCUGAGUUGAUAGAGGAAGCCAAGCGCGCAGCCAGCGAUGGGGGUACAAUGUCAAGGUUUUCACUCACAGUCAAGUUACUUCAGGCCAAGUCGUACUACCGGAUUAGCAACGUUGCAUUCAACGCGAUACUCCUGAUUUUGGCCUUGCAAUACCCUAAUAGCUCAAUACCAAAGUCAUACGAGGAGGCACUUAGCAUAAUCGGCAGGUUGGGACUUGGUUAUGAUAGUAUCCAUGUGUGCCCGAAUAAUCGUGUAUUGUUCCGAAGGAUUAUGCCAAGGAGAAUAAUUGCCCCAAGUGCAAAGCCUCCAGAUGGAAAGAUGCCGAUGGUAGGAGACAGAUCCCGCAGAAGGUGCUUGAGGCACUUCCCAUUGAUUCCAAGGCUGCAAAGAAUGUUUCUUUCAAAGGAGCAAUCAAAGGAAGUACAGUGGCACAAACUGAAGCGGCAAGACGUGGAGAAUGAUCUCAGUCAUCCAGCAGACGGGGAUGCAUGGAAGGAUUUUGACAAUAUUCAUAAAGACUUUGCCGCUGAUGCCAGGAACAUAAGGCUUGGACUUGCCACGGAUGGAAAAGAUUUUGAUGUCUUCAUGGAGCCUUUGAUGGAAGAGCUGCAGGAGCUCUGGAAAGGUGUAAAAUCGUAUGAUGCCAAUAGUCCAGACAAGUUUGAUCUCCGUGCUGCAAUCUUAUGGUGUAUUCAUGAUUAUCCGGCACUGCACACAUUGUCAGGGAGGGCCACAGCUGGUUACCAGGCAUGUGUGCGUUGUGACAAAGAGAAUUGCUCCAAGAAAUUAAGGAACAAAAUCUGCUUUAUUGGGCACCGCCGUUGGCUACCUCGGCGACAUCCUUGGAGAAAUAGCAAAGAAUUCGAUGGUGCUUCUGAAAGCCGUGAGAAGCCAGCGGAAUUCACUCCAGAAGAGCUGAGGCAACAGCUUGAUAGGGUUAGAGAUGUGAUACCAGGCAAGCUUCAGAAGAAAAGGAAACGUGAGGACGGUCAGUGUUGGAGCCGUAGAUCAUGUUUGUGGGACUUGCCAUACUGGGAAGAUCUAAAGCUGAGGCAUAAUCUCGAUGUAAUGCACAUCGAGAAAAACAUCUGUGACAAUUUGAUUGGUACUUUCAUGAACAUACAAGGCAAGACCAAAGACACUGUCAAUUCAAGGCUUGAUUUGGAAGACAUGGGCAUAAGACGUGACUUGCAUUUGCAGCCUGUUUCAGCUGACUCUUUUGAGAUGCCACAGGCGUGGUAUACAAUGAGUAAACAAGAAAAAAUUGCUUUUUGUGAAUUCAUAAAAGCUGUGAGGUUUCCAGAUGGGUACGCGUCUAACAUAUCCAAGUGUGUUGCUUCCGAUAAGUGCAAGCUUCAAGGGCUGAAGACCCAUGAUCUGUCAUAUAUUGCUUCAAAGGAUCUUACCGGCUGGCCUUCGAGGAACAAUCCAUGA